GGUGAGCCCGCCCCACCCCCACGUGGGCUUACUUAGUCCCACGGUGGCCACCUCCGAGAGCAUCCGCGCUCUCUGCAGCUCUGUUGCACUCCUGAACCCCUGCUGAGCCCCAGUCAUGCAGCCUGAAUCCUUGCUUCACAGCGGCUACUUCCACCCCUUGUUACGAAACUGGCAGACAGCAGCCAGCAUCUUCGAUGCCUCCAAUCUUAUCUACCCCAUCUUUGUCACCUUACCCCUCUGCUUCCUUCAGGGACAUUCCUGAUGCUGUGCAGCCAAUUGAGAGCCUUCCUGGCAUUUCCAGGUAUGGCGUCAAUAAGCUGGAAGAGAUGCUGCGGCCCUUAGUAGCCAAGGGGCUACGAUGCGUCCUGAUCUUUGGGGUACCCAGCAGAGUCAGCAAGGAUGAGUUGGGCUCAGGAGCUGACACAGAAGAUACCCCCGCCAUUCAGGCAAUUCAUCUGCUGCGCAAGGCGUUUCCCAGCCUCCUGGUGGCCUGUGAUGUGUGCCUGUGUCCCUACACCUCACAUGGUCACUGCGGGCUCCUGAGAGAGGAUGGCUCGUUCCGGGCCGAGGACAGCAGCAGGAGGUUGGCAGAAGUUGCUCUAGCCUAUGCGAAGGCAGGCUGCCAGGUCGUGGCUCCAUCAGACAUGAUGGAUGGGCGAAUUGCUGCCAUCAAGGAGGCAUUGAUCGCCCAUGGGCUUGGCAACAAGGUAUCAGUGAUGAGCUACAGUGCCAAGUUUGCUUCUUGUUUCUAUGGUCCUUUCCGGGAUGCAGCGCAUUCUAGCCCAGCUUUUGGUGACCGACGUUGUUAUCAGUUGCCUCCUGGGGCUCGGGGCCUGGCUCUUCGAGCUGUGGAUCGAGAUGUCCGGGAAGGAGCAGAUAUUCUGAUGGUCAAGCCAGGGUUGCCAUACUUGGACAUUGUAAGAGAAGUAAAGAACAAGCACUCUGUCCUGCCUCUUGCUGUAUAUCAUGUUUCUGGGGAGUUCGCCAUGCUGUGGCACGGAGCCCGAGCUGGGGCCUUUGACCUCAAGACUGCUGUUAUGGAGGCCAUGACAGCCUUCCGAAGAGCAGGUGCUGACAUCAUCAUCACCUAUUACACACCUCAACUCUUACAGUGGCUAAAGGAGCCGUGAUGGACGGAUAGAAAGUGCAAGAACUAAGAAAUUUUUUUAAA